AACUGACAAUGAGUUCGUUUGCAUGUGUGUGUGUACAAAUAAAAAGUCAGGCAAAGCGAGAAAAAAACGUCACAAUUAAGCGACCAACAAAAAACAACACACACACAGUCGUCUAGAGCAAAAUAGAACAACAACAACUUGUCAAGAGUUACGACAAGCAGCAAAAUAAUAAUAAUAAAAAAAAGAAACAACAGCAGAUAUUAAGAAAAAAGAAACAUAUUAAUUGAAUUAUAAGCCAAAAAUAUCAUAAAUUGUUGAUUAAAGCUAUUUUUAAAAAAGAAAAGAACUGCUUAAAAAUUAAGAAUAAUGUCUACGGAUACACCAAUACCAUCGGCCCCGGAAUUACCCACAACCUCACACAUCACCACUACCACCGCCACCUCCAACAUCAAUACAGCUGAGGGUGAUGCAUGGAAUGCAGCCUUUAAUGAGAACAAUGUGUCAGCAACUGAGGUCACAACCACUACAACGGCGUCCUCUGACAAUAACACACCAACAAGUUGUAUAACGAAUGACACCAACACCAACACAAAUGAUACUACAACACCGAACAUUAAUGAAAAAUUCGCUGCAACACCCUCAUCAACGGCCUAUUCAUUUGCGGGCAGUGCAUUGAACAGUGAUAAUGUUAAGGAUAAAAUAGGAAGUACGACAGGUGAUAGCAGUGCUGCUGGCGGCGGCGGCGGUGAUAAAAAGGAAGAAGAAAAAGUGGAAGAAUCAAUGUUUGAAUGUAACAUCUGCUUGGAUACGGCCAAGGAUGCUGUGGUCAGUAUGUGCGGUCAUUUGUUCUGUUGGCCCUGCUUGCAUCAGUGGCUGGAGACUAGGCCCAAUCGUAAGCUAUGUCCUGUGUGUAAGGCGGCCAUUGGCAAGGAUAAAGUCAUACCAUUGUAUGGGCGCAAUAGUACCAAACAAGAGGAUCCACGUAACAAAGUACCACCCCGCCCUGCUGGCCAGCGAACUGAACCAGAGCCCCAACAAGGUUUCCAGGGUUUCAGUUUUGCCGAUGGUUUCCACAUGUCCUUUGGAAUUGGUGCAUUUCCCUUUGGCUAUUUCACCUCGUCUCUGAAUUUUGGUGAACCCAGACCAGCAGCUGCCAAUCGUGGUACAACCCAAUACGAAGAUGAACAACAGCUAUCGAAAUUAUUUUUAUAUUUGGCGUUUCUGUGCAUUGCCUGGUUAUUGUUCGCAUAGCCAAAUAUUGAAAAUCGGUAUUAUUGAGACAAGAAAAAGCCACCACAAAGUAAAAAACAAAAAAUGUGCAAAGAAAAACGAUACUGCUAUUCUAUAAAGAAAACAUCACACAUUUAUUCUAGCUAUUAUUAUUAUUAUUAGACCUAACGAAUUGUGUGGUAUAUACUAAAUUAUUCUAUUCUCCAUGUUGUUAUAACUUCUUUCCAGGUUCAUUUUUGUACCAAAAUUUUUUAUUAUUAUUAUUGUUGUGUGUGUGAAAAAUUCCUAAGAAUGGACUUUUUAUUUUACGAAAUUCGUUUAGGUUUUUUUUUUGUACUUUUGAAAUGAGCUGAUACCCAUAUCAGAAGAAGUACAAUGGAGCUGUUUUCUUAUGGCAAUACAAAAAGGGAGAAGUUUAAAGAAAAACUCAAUUUCAAAUUAGGUUUUCAAUUUGUUUAGAAAACCAAACUGGGAAUCUUAUUUUCUUUUGUAUCGACAUAAAGAAACCGGUCCAAAAAUAGAUAUCUUUCUGAGUAAUUACGGCGUGAUAUUUUUCCAUUCUAGUUUUUCUCUAUUCUUCUUUAAAAAAAUACUGCGCUUCAAAGGCAAUUUUAUGCAAAAUAUGUACCUACUUUUUCCAUCUUUUUUUUAAUUUUGCUUUACUUUACGUUUUUAAACAAUACCAUUUGCGGUGUUUGUCUUGUAAUUUGUAUUGUUUUUUUU